GAUAAGAAUGAAUUCAACAAAAGUAAAUUCACCUUCUAAUGAACUUGGGACAGCCCAAAAAGAGGAUUGUUUACCUUGUCGUUUAAGUGGUGGUGCAGUUGGUUUAGGUGUUGGCUACUUUUCAUUACGUAAAGCUAUGCAACUUCAAAGAGCAGCAGGUAAUUCAAAUAAAGCAGUUGCUUUAGGUGUUACAGGUGUUAUGUUUGCUUCUGCUGGAUUAUAUCGUCUAUUUUUGUAUUAAAAUAAUAAUAAAACAAAAAGAAAACAAAAAAAAAGAAAAGAUGUCUCAUUUUUUAUUUAAGCACGCGUUAAUUAUUUACUCUUUUUGUUCUUUCUUUUUC